GCUGCGUUGGCAUAACAGUCUCGACCUCGCAGCCAAGUGCAACCAACUCAAGAACAUUCUUGCUCUAACACAUUUCCAACACAAUGUCUUUCAUCACACGGGAAUACAAGUUUGAGAGCAGCAUGGUGCAGCAGAAAUCAGAUCAGCACACGAUGGCCAUGCGGAGUCUGAAGAAACUCGUCAAACCACUGCUGCGGCUAGUGAGAAAAAAGCAGCUACUGCGGAAGACUCUGUCCGAGAUCCAGAACCAGAACGACAUCAACGACUCGCUAGAAGACAUGCGCAAAGAUCCCACCGUCAGCUGUGACAACAUGGCCAACGAGCAACUUGAGCAGCGCCUCUACAACGAUCUGAAGAAGUGCCCCAGCAACGUGGCAAUGAUCGUGCAGGAGGGCCAGCAGCAACACCUCGUUUCCGUCCAGCCCGAGAAGACCUUCAUCCCGGUCCACUUUGCCCGCACCAGCAGCGGAACCUUCUUCUGGACCACUGCCGCGGGUGCACGACAGCACCAGGAGCAACGGUUGCGCCAGCAGUUCGAUCGCUGGGUUCAGGCCUAGGAAUCGCACUGGAGAUCCAUCCAAUUGUUCGGCAGCUUUAAAUGCAAGUUUCCCAUUCCCUUCCAUUUCACGGAUGAGAAUGGCCCAGCUUUGCAGGAUCGUAAUCUCAGAGUGAUAUUAGGUAUAGAUUGGAUUCUUUGGUCACUCUCCAGGGAAAUGCAACUCCAAUUGAUUAUCACAAUCAAUCGUAACUAUAUGAAAAAUUGUGAUUUGAUGUGUCUUAUUAGAAUUAUGUGUUAGUCUUA